UUAUUCUUUGUAACUUUACAGGCUGCGAAUGAGACAGGCGACUGUCAGCAGAUAGACACUUUCCUAGAAAAGUAUUAUCUUUCCACCAUGUACAGCCUCGAGUUCAUUUUGGGCCUCACUGGAAAUACUAUUGUUGUGUUUGGCUACAUUUUCUGCUUGAAAAACUGGAAAAGUGGCAACAUCUACCUGUUUAAUCUAUCGCUAUCAGAUUUGGUAUUUCUGUGUACUCUCCCCAUGCUCGUGAAGAGCUACUCUACUCAGUGGGCAAACGAGACGUUCUGCCGCAGCAACCGCUUCCUGCUGCACGCCAACCUGUACACCAGCAUCCUCUUCCUCACCUUCACCAGCAUCGACCGGUACCUGCUCAUGAAAUACCCCUUCCGAGAGCAUUUCCUGCAGAAAAGGAAAACGGCCGUUAUCGUGUCCGUGGCCCUGUGGAUCCUGGUGAUCCUGGAGCUGGUGCCGCUGAUGUACUUCCUGGGGCCUAACAGCGCUGUCAGCAACAGCAAGUGCCUUGAUUACGGCAGCUCGGGAGACCCAGCCAAGAGCAUCAUCUACAGCAUGUUUCUGACUGUCUUCGGGUUCCUCAUCCCCCUCUGCGUCAUGUGCUUCUUCUAUGUAAAGAUGGUUAUAUUUCUCAAGAACAGGAACGAGCAACACAACUCCUUCCUGACGCUGGAGAAGCCGCUCUCUCUGGUCAUCCUGGCCGUGGUUAUCUUCUCGGUGCUCUUCACUCCGUACCACGUCAUGCGCAACGUGCGGAUCGCCUCGCGGAUACCGGCGCUGGACGUGCCCCUGUGCACUCAGCACGUCAUCAACGCCGUCUACAUCAUCACCAGGCCCAUCGCGUUUCUAAACAGCGCCAUUAAUCCCGUGUUUUAUUUCCUAAUGGGUGACCACUUCCGAGAAAUGCUGAUGGCAAAAGUAAGGCAGCUCUUGCUCAGAAAAAGAGCGAAUAAGGAGAACUCAGAUGCUGGGAGGCAAAGAACAGAAAAAGAAAUUAGCGCAGGAUGA